ACUGGCUCGUGCUAGGCCAUGGUUUUCCCUUGCCAUGAGUGGGGUACAACCGCACAAGCCGGUAGCCUUACCACGCACCACGGCACCAAGACCGAGUGCCAAGUUGCCAACUGCCAAGCCUAAAUCGAAUACGUAACCACUUGUUAAAAUUAAGCCCGUUAACCGGUUGACGUAGAACGUGAAGAAUCUGUCUGCAACGACAAUGGAGUGGUACUGGUUCUCCGUCCUCCUUCCGUCAAAAGAAUGUCUCUGCAGUGGCUGUGUUGAAAAAUCUCAAGAAACAAUGGAAAAACACGCCGCCCAACUGGACCAGGCAUGAUCCAUGUGCUUAUUAUCAGGUAUAAAUCUGACAGGUCCAUUGCCUGAAGAUAUUGUGUCCUUGUCUGAGCUGCAGAGACUGGAUCUUUCUGACAACACAGGUCUAACUGGCCCGCUUCCAUCAAAUAUUGGCAAUCUGAAGAAUUUACUACGGCUUGUUCUUUCAGGCUGUAAUUUAUCUGGGCCAAUUCCUGAAUCAAUUGGAUCCCUCCUGCAGCUUGAGAGUUUGUUUCUCAAUUCCAAUCGUUUCAGUGGAUCAAUCCCGCAUUCCAUCGGUAAUCUUGAGAAUCUUAUCUGGCUUGAUCUGUCUGGCAACCAGCUGGAUGGAAAUCUACCAGUUUCCAACAAGACUACACCUGGGCUGGAUAACCUGUCCAUGGUCGAGCACUUUCAUCUUGGAGAAAACAAGUUCUCUGGUGAAAUUCCUCUUGGACUUUUCCGCUCUAAUAUGUCUCUGAGGCAUCUAAUUUUGAAUGGCAACCAGCUGAAUGGAACUAUUCCAGACACAUUAGGACUUGUGUUGGAUCUAGAGGUCAUACGCUUGGAUAGGAAUUCCCUUAGUGGUAUGGUUCCCCAGAAUUUAAAUGACCUCAUUAACAUGGGUGAACUCUACUUAGCUAACAAUAACCUGAGUGGUCCAAUCCCUGAGCUUUCUGGAAUGAAUCGCCUUACAUAUAUAGAUCUGAGUAAUAACAGGUUUACUUCUUCAGAUGUUCCUUUGUGGUUCACCACUUUGCCAAGUUUGACUACACUAAGGAUGGAAAACACUAGCUUAAACGGGAAACUACCUGCAGCAUUGUUCAACCAAUCUAAUUUGCAAACCGUAUUACUAAGAAACAACCAACUCAAUGGCACUGUUGAUAUUGGGACCGGCUUUGGCAGUGAUCUUCACCAUAUAGAUUUGCGUAAUAAUUUCAUUGAUGAACUUAUUUUAGGAGAAUACAGUCACAGCAUUCUACUUGAUGAGAAUCCAUUUUGCGAAAGGCAGGAAGCAAAAGGAAUCUGCAAGAAUGUCGAACCCUUAAAUGCUUUAAAGUUUAUACCUGAAGUGCAUUGCGUUCCUCUAUCUUGCUUUACAGACUUUACAGGAUCUGAUUGUGGACGUCCCUAUCUUGGUCGCCUGGUCUUUCUGUCAUUUAACUUCUCUAAUCUUGAGAACUUGACCUAUUACAACUUCUUGGAUGGCAAGCUAAAGACUGCUAUUGAUUCACUUCUUGUAACAAAAAUAUGCUUGGUUAGUUCAACGAUAGAAACCAUAAAUGAUUACCUCGUGUUGGAAAUAGCAUUCUUUCCUCCACCUGGAACUCAUUUUGAUCGAACAAUAAUUUCUAGAAUUGGAAACACCCUUAAUGACCAUCUCUUCAAAUCACCAUAUGGACCUUAUCACUUUAUUCCACAUGUGCCUUACGCUUUUCCAGAACGGCAGCCCAAUAUUCCCCUCAUUAUUGGGCUCUCUAUAUCUGGAUUUGUGCUUACGCUGCUUACAGUUUCUGCUGGAGCUUAUGCCUACCGUCAAAGAAAGAUAGCUCGAAGAGCCGAUAAGCUAAACAACCCUUUCUCAUCCUGGAGUUAUGGUGACCUUCCUCAAAUACAAGGAGUUAGAUUUAUCUCACUUGAAGAUGUCAAGCAGUGCACUAAUAAUUUUGCAGAAAUAAAUGAGAUUGGAAUUGGAGGCUACGGGAAAGUUUAUAAGGGGAAACUUGACAAUGGACAACUAGUUGCAAUCAAAAGAGCUCAGGAAGGGUCAUUGCAGGGUGCCUUGGAGUUCAAAACCGAGAUGGAGCUUUUAUCAAGGGUUCACCACAAAAAUGUAGUCAAUUUAGUAGGCUUCUGUUUUGAUAGAGGUGAACAUAUGCUGAUUUACGAAUUUGUUCCAUACGGAAGCCUCAGGGCAAGUCUUUCAGGGAGAUCAGGAGUCACACUAAAUUGGAAAAGGAGGUUAAAGGUGGCUCUUGGGGCAGCCAGAGGUCUGGCAUAUUUGCAUGAGCUUGCCGAGCCACCCAUCAUACACAGGGAUAUUAAGUCGGAAAAUAUACUUCUUGGUGAUCAAUUAACUGCAAAAGUAGGAGAUUUUGGUUUGUCCAAGCUGUUAAGAAAGGAUGAAGAUGUCACCUCCCAAGUUAAGGGAACAAUGGGCUAUUUGGAUCCUGAAUACUUGAGUACCCAACUGUUGACUGAGAAGAGUGAUGUAUAUAGCUUUGGAGUGGUGAUGCUGGAGUUGGUAACUGGAAGGUUACCAAUAAUGACGAACAAGGAGUACAUUGUAAGAGAGGUUAAGGUGACAAUGAAUGAUACAGGGUACAUAUACAACCUUGUUGACCCUGUCAUUCGCUAUAGCAAUCUGACUGGCAUGGUGGAAUUUGUGGAACUUGCAUUGAAGUGCGUUGAGUACUCAGGAGACAAGCGACCUUCAAUGGGAAAGGUGGUGAAAGAAAUAGAGAGUAUAAUUCAAGCAGGUGAAAAGAACCUGAAAGAUGUUUUAAGCUCCUAUCCAGGAACAAGCGACAGCAGUACUAGUCAGAGCAACAAGAACAGUACUAGUCACAGCAACAGCAGCAAAAGUGGUCCUUCCUCAACAUGAGACAUCAUGGUUGAAUUAAAUGUAAUGUAUGAGGAUCUUUCAGUUCUUCUUUUUGUUUACAGGGUUUACUGCAUCUUCCUUUCCCAGUGAUUUAAUUAAAUUCAAUCACCCGGGAUGGACUGAGAGCAUUUUUUUCCCACAUACUCCGUAUAUCAAGUAAGAUGAACUGGUGAUAAUGUAGGGCUAUGUAUACCGUAUGUGUAUAUGCUUGUAUGUGUGAACAUGUAGCUAAUUAAUAAGAAAUACAGAGUAAUUCGAAAGAGUACGCAAGAAUGACUUUUAACCGUAUUUCUUUUGGUA